AAGUGAAAACGAUAUGUGGUAUUUCAGCCCGAAUGUGCCUCCAAAUAUGUGAGAAAUGUGAGAUUUACAUCACGUCGGACUCGGUCGCUACUCCAGCUGGAGUGACGUGCACAUCAUGGCGGACUCUCAGUUUGUGCUGAACGUGGACACGCUGCCUGAAGGAGACUGUCGCUGUCUCUGCGGCUCUUGUUAUUGUAUUUGGCGCUAGCAUUAGCCCGGGGAGCUAACACCGCUGUCUUGGCUUUCGACAGAUCCGAUGUUGAUUCAUUGCUGCGGGGCAGGAAGUUGAACUUCAAGGAGCGAGGUAAUUUCAGACAUUAGCGUCCGAUCGGAGGAAUGCUCACGCUUUUUACGUAACUGGUCGCAGUCGGUACAUUGCGGUGUACGAAAUGCUGACGUUAAUUUACAAGUGAAAAGAAACAUCUGCUGCGUGUCUGCGUUAUAAGGGGAGACCUGGAUUAGAAUGUGACUGUCAGCUUAUAUUAGUUUCCUCGUCUUUACCGGUUCCUCGUGGACGGUGUAGCUGUGUAAACAUUCCGGGAUGGAGCUGCAUGUGGGAGCCGCUGUGAUGGAGCUCGCCCUGCGCAUCACUGACAUUUGACUUGUUCGCCUGUCACAGAGAAAUCAUGUCUUGCAAAGAAGCCACCAAGGACAAGAAGUCGAGCUUCAGCAAGAAGCUGUUCCGGCGAGGCUCUGUGCGAUCCGUGGGCAGCUUCAUGAGCAGAUUCCUGAGGACCCUGACAGCCUUGUCCCACUAUGGAUCGGAAGUACAAGCAGAGGAUGACAAGGACGAUGGAGGGUUCUCCACGUUUAAACCUGGGAGCAAAGAUGUGCCCAUGGACGAUGGGGACAUGGGGGGGUUCCUGUCCGGAGACAGGGUCCCCGGAGUGUCGGGGCUCAAGAACCACGGGAAUACCUGCUUCAUGAAUGCGGUCCUGCAGUGCCUGAGCAACACGGAACUCUUCGCUGAGUACCUGGUUCUGGAGCACUACAAAGGCGAGGAGGGGGAGGACGGGGACAGACCGAAGACUAAUGGCCUCCACCUGCAGAGGAAGGGUCCCCUGGCCAAAGGAGAGGUCACAGAGCAGCUGUCGGGACUUGUGCGGGCUUUAUGGACGCAUGAAUACACGCCACAGCACAGCAGAGACUUCAAGAACGCGGUGUCAAAAAAUGCCACUCAGUUCAAAGGGAACUCUCAGCACGAUGCUCAGGAGUUUCUGCUGUGGCUGCUGGACAGAGUGCACGAGGACCUCAACACAGUCAACCCCAACAGCAGGCCUGCUAUAAAGCCCCCUAUUGAAGAAGACGAUGAAAGCAUAGACGAGCCUUCUCUACCUCUCUCUGCUGGGUCGUUUGUACAAGAACUGUUCCAGGCUCAGUACAGGUCGUCUCUAACCUGCCCACAUUGCCAAAAGCAGAGCAAUACGUUCGAUCCCUUCCUCUGCAUCUCCUUACCGAUCCCACUCCCACACACACGGCCCCUGUAUGUGACAGUGGUCUACCAGGGGAAGUACUCCCACUGUAUGAGAAUUGGAGUUGCUGUUCCCCUGAACAGCACCCUCUAUCGCCUCCGAGAUGCUGUGUCACGCGAGACCAAGAUCCCAAUGGACCAGUUUGUUUUGACCGAAAUGUACUUUGAUGGCUUCCAUCGUUCAUUUUGUGAUGACGACGAUGAUCUUGAGAUCAUUCAAGAGAGCGAUUCCAUCUUUGCCUUUGAGACACCAGAGACCUUCAAACUGGAAAAUUUACGCACAAAAAGAGGUGACGCUUUCUUCAUAUUUCGCAAAUUUUCUUUGUUUUCAGAUGACCCUAUUGGAACAGAAUCUAACCAGAUUUGCCUCUUGAAUCUUAUCACAGGAAGUCUCCUUGCAAACCUGAACCACAACAACUUGAAGUAUGGGACGGAAAUCAGCAGGACCUCAUCGUUCAUGCAGGGGGCUAUGACUCCUGUUACUGCGUCACCCAAUAAAAACCUUGGACCAGAAAAAAUUAUUCUGUUGGUGUGUAACAGAGCCUGUACUGGUCACCAAGGAAAGAGGUUCGGCCUGCCUUUUGUACUGUACAUGGAGCGCACUGUGACCUGGGACGGUCUCCAAAAAGAGAUCCUGGAGAAAAUGCGUCAUCUCUUGAGGCCUGGGGUCUAUAUUCAGAUGGGACCUUUCAGUCUUCGGGUGGUUGGCGUUGUUGGUAUAACCUACCUCCUUCCCCAAGAUGAGCGACCACUGUGUCACCCAACUGUGGAAAGAGCGUACAAGUCCUGUGGACAAGGAGGACCACCACAUGUGAAGAUAGUGGUAGAGUGGGACAAAGAGACAAAGGACUAUCUGUUUGGACACACUGAGGAGGAGUAUAUUCCCGAUGCUGAGAGUGUGUAUCUGCACAGAGAACAUCACCACCAGCCGCAGGCCUGCACCCUCGCUCAGUGCUUUCAGCUCUACACGAAGGAGGAGCAGCUGGCCCCAGACGAUGCCUGGCGCUGUCCCCACUGCAAGCAGCUGCAGCAGGGCCGCAUUAAGCUCAGCCUGUGGACGCUGCCGGAUGUACUCAUACUCCAUCUCAAGAGGUUCAGACAGGAGGGGGACCGAAGGGUAAAGAUGCAGAACAUGGUGCGGUUCCCGUUGAUGGGCAUGGACAUGGCACCUCAUGUGGUGAAGAGGAGUCAGAGCAGCUGGAGUUUACCUUCCCAUUGGUCGCCAUGGAGGAGACCCUAUGGCCUGGGAAGAAACCCUGAUGACUACCUUUAUGACCUUUAUGCUGUGUGCAACCACCAUGGGAAUAUGCAUGGAGGCCACUACACUGCUUACUGCAAGAACUCCAUUGAUGGUCAGUGGUACUGCUUUGAUGACAGUGAGGUUACCCCAGUAGCUGACGAUGACGUGUGUCAGCAGACGGCCUAUAUACUCUUCUACCAGAGGAGGACAGUUAUUCCCUCCUGGUCAGCCAACAGCUCUGUUGCUGGUUCCACUAGUUCCUCCCUGUGUGACCACUGGAUCAACAGGUUGCCUGGCAGCCGGCCUGCCAGCUUGGCCUCUGGAGCCUCGUCCAGACGCACCUCUCUGGCUUCACUGGCCGAGUCGGUUGAGUUUCCAGUGGAACGCAAUGAGGAUGAUGGUGGAUUCUCUGCCCGCCCUUUUGUGAGGAGCAUUCAGCAUCAGAGCUCGUCUUCCAGGUCAUCCAUCGCUAGUCCUUUAGCCUUCAGCGACAGUGGGAUAAAACCAUCUUGGUCUCUUUCUGCGAAGCUUCAUAUGAGAUCCAACUCGCCCUCACGGUUCUCCCUCGACUCUCGAUGCUCACCUCCUCUAGAGAGGAUAGGAGAAGCCUGCGAUGACAAGGUUUCCACUUCCUGUUUUGGCAGCUAUAGUCGACAUGAACGCUACUUUGGCAGCAGGACACCGUUGUCGAUGAUGGAGAGCAACUUAAGUGACCAGGACAACAAUAAGCAGUUCGUAGACAUGGUGUACUGCAGGGCUCCCACUCCAGUGGAAAAGAAGAGCACCAAAAAUGAGCCAACUGAAAACAACAACCAGAUUACAGCUUUAGACCAAAACAUACCACCUGCCCAAGCAACGCCCUCCAAAGAACAGAAACGAAAGAGCAGCAUUGGAGGAUUUGCCUCAAAGGCUGAAACCACAGGCUCCUCAAAGAGCACCAGCAAAGUGGAGCAAGAGAAGACUUCCAAAAAACGUUUGUGCUCAACCCAUAAAACCUCCACCCCUGAGACGUCUUCCAGCACACCUGUGAAAGGCAAGAAGGUGGGCAAUACUAAAGAAAAGAGUGUAAACGCCAAGAAAAACACCUCAACACCCAGUGGGACUCCCUCCAAAACAAAGGCAGCAAUUCAGCCUCUAGACGCAACGCCGCAACAUAAGCCAUGUGUCCGAUCCACACCUCAGUCCUCAGCUUCUCCCUCACCAACUGCAAAUAAAAAUGCCAGUGUUGCAGAGAAAAGCACUCUGAGUAGUCGUAAACGACUGGUGGAAAGGAGCUACAGCAGAGAUUCUAUGCACACUAGCCCUCUGGUCAACAAUCUCAGAGGCAGCUCAGUAGCUCGCUCUUCACUCUCUAAGAGUGGGGAAAGCAACAAGAUUGAAAAGAAAUCUGUGAGGAGUUCAAGCAGUAGCUCCUCUGUCACCAGCCUGCGUUCACCAAGCGUGUCCACCAAAGACCUACAGCGCAACAGCAAGUCUGAGGAAAAAGGGUUGUCUUUCUUCAAGAGCGCCCUUCGACAAAGGGAAAGCCGCCGGUCGGCUGAUUUGGGAAAAAGCUCCUUGCUUGCUAAAAAGUCGUGCAAGCAAAAUGGUCAAGCCAAGGAAAUCGCUGCUGAGAAUGGAAAGGCAGGAGAUGCAGUGUCUUCACAAACAUCUACAGAGACAAAGUCAAAGACAAAAGAGUCUUCCAAGCCCCCCAGCUCUCUCAGUCGUACUCUACUAAAUGUAGGCAAGUCCAAGUCUUCCACUUCUGACGUAAGUCUCAAGUCGCCCGCAAAAGGGAAGAAGCCUCUUGAAAGGAUGGCAUCUUCCCGAAAGCUGUCAUCAAGCAUGCAAUCUCCUGCACGUACAACACAGAGGCCUCAGUGAUAAACUCAUUGUAGUUAUAUUGAACGUACAUAUUGCAGCUAUUUUCUUUGUGCCUACGUCUCAGAGAGCAUUAGAUGUAUUUGUAAAGAGACACAUUGGAUGUUGUGGUUGUGUACACUUUCGUUGAAUAUAGAGAAGUUCUUGAUAACAGCAUUGGAGUAUUUAUAGCUGAACUCAGUAAAAAGCACUCUAGCCAUUUAAAAAUUUUCAGUGGCAAAAUUGGUAAAAUUACAGUUCGAGUUAUUGGAGUACUUUGUAUCGUUACCUGUUACACCUUUAAGAAUUGGCAGGGCAGGAUGAUAGAUGUAUUCUGGCAUGGAUGAUACAUAAGCAUGCUAUAUGCAUUCAGCUGUACAUCACAACCAGUUUGAUCAUGAGCACCCAAAGCCUGUUUGACAGUUGACAGAAUUCCCCCAUUGCAAUCUUGAAAUCCAAUCAUCUUUCCUUCAGACAAGAGGCUUGUUAUAGCUACGGAAAAUAUUCAGGCAGAAAACCUUGGUUUGAAAUGCGGCGUCUUGCACAUUUAACAAUAGGAUGAGAGACAGUUUUACCUUGUACACACCAGCAAUGCACCGUUUUUCUUGUAUAGUAAAAUCUUUUUAAUUAAUAGAGGUUAACAUUUGUCGAGUGAGAUAAAAAAAAAGUAGCUGGUUGACGAUGCCCAAACUUCACCGGUCCUCUAUAAUGCAUUUGAAACUAAAAAACAGUGGGAAGAGAACCACAACAUUUAUAAUGGUCUCUGGACAAAUACUGAAACAGUUGAUAUGCUCUCACACACAAACGCACAUAUACUUGUGUUUCUGUCUUUGUGAGGCUAUUAUGCAUUUCCUAAACCUUACCUUAUCCAUCACAACUAAAAACCUAAACUCAACCCUUACCCCUAAGUCUACCCCUAACCUUAAACUAAGUCUUAACCUCCAAAAAAAGUCCUUUUCAAGAAGAGAGGACCCGCCAAAAUGUGCUCAAUCCACGAGGUCAAACAUCCAGGUCCUCACAUAGAUAGAAAUACAAAUAUGCAGGUCCUCACAAAGAUAGAAAUGCAAGUACACACAAACAAAAGAGUUUCAUUCCGAAAUACCUGUGACAAGGCAUUCAUAAAGUUUUCAUUGGUUGUUUGAGUUGAUCAAACUCGCCAUUGAUCGAUUUAAAACCUGCAGUCUAAACACACACACUGUCUCAAAACACCUCAUAGCAUUGGUUUACUUCGUAUUUGUCUUGAGAGUAUCCAGGAUCAAUAUGGAAUGGCAGUACAAAAAUAAUAAUCUUUAUUGUUAACAUUAAAAGACAAUUUGUGGAGAAUACAGGUAAAAUCAGGUCUUAGACCAGAAAAAGUAUUAGGAUUGGUACGAAAAAUUGAGGCAAAACUUUAUCUUUGUUUAAUAUUAGUACCUUUUUGACAGAAAUGUAUUUUAUUAGAUUCUUAUCAAAGUUGAGUGUGUUUCUUUUUCUCA